CAGCUUUCGGAUUCGUCGUCAUCAGCUGAGAUGAAGCGAACGGGUCUCUCCCCUGCUUCUUCCAUCUUACUUCUUCUUCUUCUUCGUUCUGCUCCAACUGCCAUCUCCAGCCAGUCGUCAUCCCAUUCCCUUCUCCAUCUCCCUUUCUCGUCUCGCCCUCGUCGGAGGUUUUCUUCGACCCCUAACCCUAACCCGAACCAGUUCUUGAGUUACGUGAGGACAAAUUGCAGAGCUGGCGUUGGUGGUGGGUUCACGAGCGUCGGUGAUGCCCUGUGUUGCUUCGGUAACAUGAUGAAGACGUACCCUCUGCCUUCUUCCAGCGAUUUUAGUCUAGUGUUGGGUGCUAUAGCGAGGAUGAAGCACUACUCCACUGCCAUCCGGUUGAUUGAGCAGCUGCAUUCGUUUGGGAUUGAAGAUAAUCAUUUUUGGCUGACGAUUUCGUUGAAUUGCUUUUGUCGGUUACAUCGGGUUGAUCUGGGUUUGUCUGUCAUGGGUCGGAUAUUGAAGCUUGGGUUUCACAUUGAUGUGGUGGCAUCCAACACCCUAAUUGAUGGUCUCUUUAUUCAGGGCAAAACUGAUCAAGCACUGAGGUUCCUCGAUGAUAUGGGACGAAAAGGCCCCGAACCCAAUGAGACCACGUAUGCGAUAAUCGCGAAGGGGUUAUGCAGGGCAGGUAACAUUAGAUUGGCGAUUGAAUUGCUUAAGGGCUGGGAAGAGAGAAGCUGCGGGCUUCAUUCCUUCACAUACAACAUAGUAAUAGAUAGUCUUUGCAAGGAGGGAUUAAUCACAGAGGCGUUGCGACUCCAUCAAAGUAUGCGUAGGAAAGGGAUCAAACCAAAUGUUGUUACUUAUAACUCCUUGAUCCAUGGUCUGUACAAUGUAGGCCAGAUGGAAGAUGCUCUCGAAUUGUUGAAAGAGAUGACGAGCAGAGGCAUCCAACCGGACAUAUUCACUUAUAACUCCUUGAUUCAUUGCUUAUGCAACCUAGGCCAAUGGAAAGAUGCUACCGUCUUGUUGGAGAGGAUGAUGAAGGCAGGAAUUGAACCGGAUGUGGUUACUUAUAGCUCCGUCAUUCAGGGAGUGUGCAAUUCCGGCCAAUUGAAAGAGGCUCAAAGACUGCUGAGUCAUAUGGUGCAAAGCAGAGUAAUGCCGAAUGUUCAAACCUUCACUAUCCUGGUGGAUGCACAUUGUAAAGAGGGAAUGCUUGUAGAGGCAGAGGCCAUAGUGGACCAGAUGAUUCAAUUAGGUGUAGUGCCUUCUAAUUUCACUUAUACUACACUGAUGAAUGGUUAUUGUCUGCAAAAUAGAAUGAAAGAUGCUAUGGAAGUGCUUAAUUUGAUGGUUGAAAGAGGCUGCUCACCUGAUGUCGUUAGUUAUAACACGUUGAUUAACGGAUACUGCAAAGUUAGAAGAGUUGACAAAUCGAAGAUGCUUUUCCAAGAAAUGCUUCAAAGGGGCUUGGUUCCUGAUGUCAUAUCGUACAGCACUCUCGUAAAUGGAUUUUCCCAGGUUGGGAACCUUCAAGCCGCGGAGGAGCUAAUUAACGAGAUGCAAUCUCGUGAUCUAUCUCUAGAUCAGUAUACCCUGAAUACUUUCCUGGAUGACUUGUGUAAAAUGCGGCAGAUUGACAAGGCCACGACAUUGCUUCGAAAGAUGGAAGAUUCCAAAUUCGUCCCAGACAUUGUGACUUACAAUAUUCUAAUAAAUGGCAUGUGUAAUGCUGGAAAGCUCGAAGAUGCAAAAGCGCUGUUUGAUUGUUUGCAUGCUCGAGGGUUGCAACCUAACGUGCGGACAUAUAAUAUUUUCAUGCAUGGACUGUGCAAAGGAGGACGCAUGGAGGAAGCAUAUCAGCUGCUAAAGGAGAUGGAAGGAAACGGAUGCCUUCCAAAUGUUGUCACUUAUAACACAAUCAUCCAAGGACUACUAAGAAAUAAUGAAAACACGAGAGCAGGGCAACUCGUCGGUGAAAUGGUUGAAAGGGGAUUUUCUGCAAUUGUAGCGACAAUGAAGUUGUGGGUUAAACAUCUUGGGACAAAUGGAACUUCUUCCUCUUCUAGUUGAACUCUCCAUUGUCUCUGGGAUCUGUCCACUUUUUCAUCUGAACUGCGAUGAGCAGUAAUCCAGAUUGAAGGCAAGUUUUAUUCCACACAUCACCUCCGAGUGGAUGGUGUUUGAUCAUGGUGAUGGUCUCUUUGAAUCGAUAGCAGAGAAUAUUUCUGGGCCAGCUGGUACUCAGAUUAUCAUUGCCGGGCGAUCACGUAUUUGGGUUAUUUGCUCUGCUUCUUACAUGCAAAUAACGGCCGAUUUUGAGGGAUGGCUUGCUGACUUUGGAGCAUGGCUGCAAGUGUAUGAAAGCUACUUGCAGUACCUUUUUUACUUUGCACUGCGAGCGAUUUUCGGAAAAGCAUCUGCUGGUGGGGGAACACAAACGUCGUGGAUGGACAUUGCAAAUGCUAGACCCGUAGACAUCUGGAGCCACACCAUUCAACUUCAUCAAAGUCAGCAGGAUUUGCCUCGACGGUCUGCUGCCUCUCGUCGCGCUCUCUACUCUUUGUUUCCCAGCACAAUCAUAAUAGCGUGCAAGCAUUUCGGAGAGCGCUCUUUCAGCUAACUUCACACGUGGAUAUUGUGGCUGGCAUGUUCAAUUGAACUUAGAACAAGGAACCUGUCAAGCAAAAGGGUCAAAUUGGAGUUCUGCAUAUAUAACAUGAGGAUCAACUCCUCAGCUCUCUCUGUAGUCCAUUUCCUGAAACGUAGAAUCUUCAUGUAGCAAAAUUUUUCAUGUAUCCAUAUUGAUGUCAUUCUCUAAAUUAUGCAACAAACUGUCAAAAAUUGAAGGUAACAUACCAACGUCGAGUUGUUUUCCAUUUAUGUCAACUAUAUUUAUGCA